AAAACAUAACCAAAAACACAAACAAAAUCUUUUUUUCUUUCUUGACGAUCAUCGGAAUCUAUUCCAAAUUUACUACUCUUUUUUAUUCACUAUCAAUCAAUUUAAUUUUAUGUAAAAAUAAAUAAUAAUAAUAAUCCAUUCCCUUUCCUCCCUUUCCCUUCCCUAGUAUUGGGAAAAUGGAUGGAGAUGGUGACGUGGCGAUGACUCCAGUUGGUUUAGACUGGAAAUUUUCUCAAGUUUUUGGUGAACGUGCCGCCGGUGAAGAUGUUCAAGAAGUUGAUAUCAUUUCAGCAAUAGAAUUUGAUAAAACCGGUGAUCAUCUUGCCACCGGAGACCGUGGGGGUCGUGUGGUUUUGUUCGAAAGGACCGACAGAAUAGAUGAUGGUGUUCAUCGAAGAGUUUUAGAAGGAAUGGAUUGUUCAAGUAGUCGCCACCCUGAGUUUCGUUAUAGAUCAGAAUUCCAGAGUCACGAGCCAGAGUUUGACUAUCUAAAGAGUUUGGAAAUCGAGGAGAAAAUCAACAAGAUUAGAUGGUAUCACACAUCUAACAGUGCCAUGUUUUUGCUGUCUACUAAUGAUAAAACUGUAAAGUUCUGGAAGGUCCAAGAAAAGAAGAUCAAGAAAGUAUGCAACUUUAAUGUAGAGCCUCCAAAAACGACAAUCAAUGGUUUUAUUAAUAGUUCAAAUGUGCCUAUGCUAUCCAGAGCUAUUUCUGCCAACGGAAUUACAUCAUUACGUCUACCUAUGGUAACCAGUCAUGAAAGCGCCCUUUUCGCUAGAUGUCGUAGAACAUAUGCGCAUGCCCAUGACUAUCAUAUUAACUCCAUCUCCAAUAACAGUGAUGGCGAGACAUUUAUAUCAGCUGAUGAUCUACGUAUAAACCUUUGGAACUUGGAAAUUAGCAGUCAGAGUUUUAAUAUUGUUGACACGAAGCCAACAAAUAUGGAAGAUUUAACUGAGGUGAUAACAUCAGCUGAGUUUCAUCCUUCACAUUGUAAUAUGUUGGCAUACAGUAGCUCAAAAGGCUUAAUAAAACUUCUUGAUUUGCGACAAUCAGCUCUUUGUGACACUCAUAGCAAAGUGUUUCAGGAACACGAGGCUCCUGGUUCAAAAUCGUUCUUCACGGAUAUUAUAUCAUCAAUUUCUGAUAUCAAGUUUGCAAAGGGGGGCAGGUACAUACUAAGCCGUGACUACAUGACUCUUAAGCUGUGGGAUAUAAAUAUGGGUUCUGGUCCGGUUGCAACUUUCCAGGUGCAUGAACAUUUGAGACCCAAGCUGUGUGAUUUGUAUGAAAAUGAUGCGAUCUUUGACAAAUUUGAGUGUUGUCUAAGUGGGGACGGACAGCGGGUUGCAACUGGUUCAUACAGCAAUAUGUUUCGUGUUUUUGGUUGUGCUGAGGGCAGCUCAGAAGCGACAACCUUAGAGGCAACUAAGAAUCCCACAAGGAGACAAAUUCAAACACCUCCUAGAAUCUUUAGCUCCCCUGGAAAUCGUUCCCCUUCUGUUAGCAGGCGAGGAUCAGAUAACUCAGGAGUUGACGUAAAUGGGAACAAUUUUGAUUCAACAACAAAGUUACUGCACCUUGCAUGGCACCCGAAUGAAAACUCAAUUGCAUGUGCUGCUUCUAACAGCCUGUAUAUGUAUUAUGCAUGAAGACAGACCAUGACAUAAUUGUAAAUUUGCUUCUUUUUGGAUCGAAAGAAUGUACGCUCUCCUACAGCCAAAAAACAUGGUAAUCUUGUAGUUGGACCUGAGAUUUAUUUUUGGAUUGGAAGGAAGAAGCCGUGUUGUGAAACAAAGCAUUUUUAGACCUGAAUUAAACUAUUUAUAUUUGUUGAAUCGGAGGUUUUGAGAUCUUUCGACUGUUUUUGUCACGUUUUGGUCAAGUCUUUCCAAUUUAUAAUGUACAAACUACGAAGGUGUAGCAUGUUUGCCUUUGAUCAGGCCUUUAGUUUCGUUGAUGUUUGCAAUAUUGAUUUUUGAAUCAUCA